AAUCCUAGCGAUAGAAACAAAAACUCAGAAGUAAGACCCAACGUCUGUCCAGGGGAGUUUAGUACAUCAGGGCAGAAAGUCAGAACAGAAAAGCAAACAGCUGAGAACAAGAGCAAGAAGGAAGAGAAGAGUGACAGCUACUGGACGGAGGAAGAGAGAGAGAGAGAGAGAGAGAGAGGAGCAGCAGAACGGAGAGGGAGGAGAAAAGAGAGAGAGAUAAGAGUGUGACAAACGGGAGACAUCGAGAGGAAGCACAUGGUGUAAAAAUGCCCACCAACUUCACUGUGGUCCCGGUGAAGGACGGCACGAGAAAAGCAAGAAAGGGGGAUGAGGAGGAUGAUGUGGAUGACAACAACGUACUGAAAGAGGAAGAGGAAGACACCCCAGGUGAUGGUGUUCCAAAGGAAAACAGUCCCUUUAUCAACAACACAGACAAUGACAAAGGCAACAGCUAUGAUGGCACCAACAUGGCUCUUUUUGAGGAGGAAAUGGACAGCAACCCCAUGGUGUCAUCUCUCCUCAACAAACUUGCAAACUACACCAAUCUCACCCAGGGGGCCCAGGAGCAUGAGGAAGCUGAUGAUGAUGAGGGGCCCAAGAAGAAAGCUGUUAAGAGCCCACAGAUGGGGACCUUCAUGGGUGUCUACCUCCCCUGCCUCCAGAAUAUUCUGGGGGUCAUCCUGUUCCUCCGCCUUACCUGGAUUGUCGGCACUGCCGGCAUCUUGGAGUCCCUGGCUAUUGUCGGCUUGUGCUGCUCUUGUACCAUGCUGACAGCCAUAUCCAUGAGUGCAAUCGCUACCAACGGCGUGGUGCCAGCUGGAGGUUCGUACUAUAUGAUUUCCAGAUCUCUUGGCCCAGAGUUUGGUGGAGCUGUAGGCCUCUGUUUCUACCUGGGAACAACGUUCGCUGGCUCCAUGUACAUCCUGGGUACUAUAGAGAUUCUUCUGACCUACAUUGUGCCUAAAGCAGCCAUCUUUGUGGCUGAGAAAAAGGAGGACCAAGUCGAUGCUCUGCUGAAUAACAUGCGUGUUUACGGCACAUGCUGCCUAGCACUGAUGUCUGUGGUCGUCUUUGUGGGGGUGAAAUAUGUCAACAAGCUAGCUUUAGUCUUCCUGGCCUGUGUCAUUCUUUCCAUCCUCGCCAUCUACGCUGGAGUCAUCAAGACCAUCUUUGAGCCACCAGACUUUCCUGUUUGCAUGUUGGGAAAUCGCACUCUGCAGAACCACUUCUUUGACAAGUGUCUUAAGACUGAGGUUGUAGACAACGUGACGGUCACCACCAAGCUGUGGUCUCUGUUCUGUGACAAGCCAGAGCUCAAUGCCACCUGCAACGAGUAUUUUGUCAACAACAAUGUUACUCUGGUGCAGGGCAUCCCCGGGCUGAUCAGCGGAGUCAUUUCAGAAAACAUGUGGUCAGAGUAUGGUCCUCUGGCUAUGUUGGUAGAAAACAGAAAGUUGUCGUCUCUUGGGGGAAGUGACCCUGCCCAGGACAUCUACUUGCCGUAUGUAGUCAAUGAUAUCACCACCUUCUUCACACUGCUGGUCGGCAUCUACUUCCCCUCUGUCACUGGUAUCAUGGCUGGUUCAAACCGGUCAGGUGACUUGAGGGAUGCCCAGAAGUCCAUUCCUAUUGGGACCAUCAUGGCUAUUGCUACCACCUCUGUCAUCUACGUCACCUGUGUGGUUCUGUUUGGGGCCUGCAUUGAGGGCGUUUUGCUUCGAGACAAAUUCGGUGACUCAGUGAAAGGAAACCUUGUUAUAGGCACAUUGUCAUGGCCCUCACCCUGGGUCAUUGUGAUUGGCUCGUUCUUCUCCUGCUGUGGGGCGGGGCUGCAGAGUUUGACUGGAGCCCCGCGCCUUCUGCAGGCCAUCGCACGAGAUGGCAUCGUACCUUUCUUACAGGUGUUUGGUCACGGGAAAGCUAACGGAGAACCUACCUGGGCUCUUCUGCUGACUGCUGGUAUCUGUGAGAUCGGCAUCCUCAUCGCCUCACUGGACGCUGUGGCUCCUAUCCUCUCCAUGUUUUUCCUCAUGUGCUAUCUGUUUGUCAACCUGGCCUGUGCUGUUCAGACCCUGCUGCGAACGCCCAACUGGAGACCACGCUUCAAAUACUACCACUGGGCUCUGUCCUUCCUGGGAAUGAGCUUGUGCCUUGCUCUCAUGUUCAUUUCCUCCUGGUACUAUGCUAUUGUUGCCAUGGCCAUCGCCGGGUGCAUCUACAAAUACAUUGAAUACAGAGGGGCAGAGAAGGAGUGGGGUGAUGGUAUCCGUGGUCUGUCGCUGAAUGCAGCCCGCUACGCCCUCAUUCGCCUUGAGGAGGCUCCACCACACACCAAGAACUGGAGGCCUCAGUUGUUGGUGCUCCUGAACCUGGACUCAGAUCAAGCAGUCAAACACCCUCGUCUGCUGUCCCUCACCACUCAGCUCAAAGCAGGAAAAGGCCUGACAAUAGUGGGAAAUGUUUUAGAGGGAACAUAUCUCACUAAAGAUGCAGAGUCCAAGAGGGCUGAGCAGAACAUCAAGUCCUCCAUGUCAGCAGAGCGGACCAAGGGUUUCUGUCACGUUGUGGUGUCCUCAAACCUCAGAGAUGGCUUCUCCCACCUCAUCCAGUCUGCGGGGCUGGGAGGCAUGAAGCACAACUCAGUCCUGAUGGCCUGGCCUGGGAACUGGAGGCAGUCCAAUGACCCGCAGUCAUGGAAGAAUUUCAUAGAGACGAUACGGGAGACCACAGCCGCCCAUCAGGCCUUACUUGUGGCGAAGAAUGUGGACAGUUUCCCCACCAACCAGGACCGUCUAGGGGAGGGCACCAUUGAUGUGUGGUGGGUGGUCCAUGAUGGGGGCAUGCUGAUGCUGCUGCCCUUCCUGCUGCGACAGCACAAGGUGUGGAGGAAAUGCAAGAUGCGCAUCUUCACUGUGGCCCAGAUGGACGACAACAGCAUCCAGAUGAAGAAAGAUCUCCAGAUGUUCCUUUACCACCUGCGAUUGGAUGCAGAGGUGGAAGUGGUGGAGAUGCAUGAUAAUGACAUCUCAGCCUUCACCUAUGAAAAGACGCUGGUGAUGGAGCAGAGGUCUCAGAUGCUGAAACAGAUGCAACUGUCCAGGACUGAGAGGGAGAGAGAGAUUCAGAGUAUCACUGAUGAAUCGCGUAGUUCAAUCCGGAGGAAGAACCAGGGCGCUGCCCAGGGCCCGAGCUUCAGCCGGCAGUCCUCACCGUUGGAGGACACUCAGGAGGAUGAGGCCCAGCUCAUCCAUGACAGGAACACAGCAUCUCAUGCCACGAUAAACGACAAAGCCGACACCGGGCCUGACCGGGUUCACAUGACUUGGACCAAGGAUAAGCUGUUCACAGAGCGCAAUCGUAACCGCGAGUGCAACGCCAACGUGGCUGUGCGCGACCUGUUUAACAUGAAACCAGAGUGGGAGAGUCUGAACCAGUCUAAUGUUCGCCGGAUGCACACAGCUGUCAAGCUGAACGAGGUGGUGGUCAACAAGUCCCAGGGAGCUCACCUGGUUCUGCUGAACAUGCCUGGACCCCCUCGGAACAGGGGAGGAGACGAAAACUACAUGGAGUUCCUGGAGGUUCUCCUCGAGGGUCUGAACCGGGUCCUUCUGGUGCGAGGCGGUGGCCGUGAAGUCAUCACCAUCUAUUCUUAAAAAAACCUCUUUGACCCCACACUGCACACAUGGGCUGUUGCCAUGGAUACCGGUCAACGGGCAUUCUUGGGGAAUGAAUCCAAACUGGGUUUUUAUGAAAGGCAGGGGUAGUUGGAAGGCGGGACCACUUGUGAUUGACCGAUGGCGUAAAGGACUUGAGGAUGAAGGAAACAACGUUGAGUCAGCUGACUGGCUGAGAGAGCGAGCACAGUGUGAGUCCACGCCGGGCCACAGAACCCCUGCUCAUGGAAGAUAGAGCAUAGAGACACUUUAUAUUUUUCAUUUAACUCUGAAAACGUUGUUUUGUUCUGUUAUAUUUUCAUAUUCUUUCCCUCUUGUGUUGAUGUUGUCAAGUUACUGGCACUCACUGUGUAAAGAUAAGCAAAGAAGAAGUGAACAUGUGCUGUUGAUAUGAAACUCGUAGUCUAUCAUGUUGUCUGGUGCACUCAACUGUGGGAGGGGCAGAGACGUUUGCUGAAUCUGAGGAAAAGAUGACAAUUUAUAAAAUGAAUUUGAACUCAAAUAAGUAAAUACACACAGAAAUGUAGAAAACCAUCUGUCAGCACUCUGCUGCAGAAAGCUCACUCCUAACAGCACCUACUGAGGUUUUAAUAUCAAAUCCAGUCUGCUGAUCUAUAUGGUCUGCGUCACCAUUUGUACUUACAUGUUUUCAUUUAAAAUAGCUUCUCAGAAACUCUUUGAGUCUGAAAGGACAAACAGUUAGUUUAGAAACUGCUGAAACAUCCUGGUUAGGUUGAAGAACGACGGUGGGCUCGUGUCUGUAGUUGAAGCUUCUCCUCAGAAGCUGUAGUGUUGUUACUCUGUGGUUGUUUGCCUUGUCAUG